AUGGGGGUUAGGGGCGAUUCCGGGGCUACUGGGGGCCACAGGCUACGUGGUACUCCCCCUAUCUACCGCCUACGUCUAGUCUACAUCGGUGUUAGGCCCAGUCUACGCCUUCCACCCUUUGUAGCCGGAAGCCGCCCUAGAUACCCUCCCUUAAACCCCCAUUUUUUUCUUCUCGCUCGCUUCGCUCGCUCGGCCAGGGCUAGGUUUGGGCCUGGCGGCCCCCCUCUUUAUCCCCUAUCCCCAUCCCCCACACCCCCCCCAAAAAAGAAGAAAAGAAAAGAAAUUCCUCUCCCCCAAACUCCCCCCAAAAAAAUCACCCGAAAUCACAAGAUCCCAUCCCAAUACAACACCCUCAGGUAA